AUGGGCACCGUCAUCCGAUUCAAUCGUCUCUCCACUCCCACCCUCCUCCACCGCGUCCCCGCCCAGCUGCAGUCUCACGCACAGGCUUCCACGCCUUCUUCGCCCCGGGGACACUGCAAGGGCCCACCGUUUCGUCACGGCCUCCUCCCGGACCCAAUAUCAUGGCCGAUCUUGGUCUUCACCUUCGAUCUUGUCAUUUUCCGGUGUAUCCGCCGCGGACUGUCCUUCCAGAAAAUGCGGGGCAAUGAAAAGCUGGAACCCGUCGAUGCCUCCUCCCCCUCCUCCCCCUCCUCCUCCUCCCCUUCCUCCCCUUCCUUCCCCUCCGACGCUUUUGCACCUUCUCCAGCUUCGUUAAAGCCUGAAAGACAAGAGUGGGCAGUUCCGGACAGCCCCGAACCUCCUUUCUCCGUUUCCCCCAGCGUUCCCACCCCAUCCCGACUCGUCAACAGCCCGUCCGCUUCCCCUCCCCUCCCCACCGAACCCGCUCCUUCCUUCCUCAUCACCCCUGCCCUCGCCUACCUCCUCCUGAAUGUGGUCACCCUCCUAUGGGGAAGCCAGCACGCGGUGAUCAAAAGUGCCCUGGCGUCCUCCCCCGACUAUCCUGGUGUCUUCAAUCUCCUCCGCUUCGGGCUGGCCUCCCUCUGUUUCUGGCCGUGGACGCCAUCUUUCCUCCCUCCCUCCCUCGGCACCUGCUCGGAGAAUGGGGAAGAGGGCGUGGACGCGGCGGAGAAGGAACGCCAGGGCCUGUGGCGGGCGGGCGCCGAGCUUGGGAUCUGGAUGUUUCUGGGCUUUUCCUUACAGGCCGUCGGUUUGCAACUCACGUCCGCGUCUAGGAGUGGCUUCCUCCUCUACCUGAACGUGAAGCUGGUUCCCCUCUUCGCCUGGCUGCUGCUGGGUCGACGCCCGAGUUUGGACGUGGUCGUUUUUGCUCUGCUGGCGUUUGCGGGCACGGCGCUCCUGUCCGUCGACGGGGGAAGGAUGCCGAACGUUGGGGAUGCGUGGUCCCUGGCAGCUGCAGCCGCCUCGGCUAUGUUCAUUUUACGACUGGAGGGAGCGGCGAAAGCCUACUCGUUGACCCGGGCCAAGGAAUUGAACAGCGCAACCUUGUGGGUGACGACGGGCUUGUGUGCGCAGUACAAGCGAAGGCACAUCGGCAAAGGUGAUGGCGUCUUUCUGGACUCGCACGGCCGGGUAAUUCAAACUCGGGGAAUGGUCUCCACCACGCCAGCUGCCUCCUCCUCCUCCGUCACCUAUCCAUCGUUUUCUUCGAAUGCCAGGGCCACUCGCAAGUCGUAUCAGUUAGGUUCUCGUGCAGUAGCCAUUCAACAUAUCGAGUAUCUUCCUGAUACGGUGCUUCAUGCGCUUUGCCGAGCAAACUCCUUUGAUCCCAUCAAAGCACCUAUACGCACGGAGCAGCUUCUUGCUCAAGUCCAACAUUGGAAAGAGAAGCAAAAGCAAGAGAAGAUGAAAGAAUGUCGUAAGGACAGGAAGAAUCGACGGAUGUCGGAAGAAGUGGGUCUGAAGGAGCGACGAGAGGAGGAAAGAGAGGAGGUAGAGGAGGAAAAGGUGGGGAAAAUGGAAGAGGAGCGACGAGAGGAGGAAAGAGAGGAGGUAGAGGAGGAAAAGGUGGGGAAAAUGGAAGAGGCAGCUAAUGAGCGAGAUAUGGAGAGGGAUGACCUGAACAAACUCCUCACGUCGCUCUCUAAACAUGCCCAAGAAACUGUAAUGGCAACGGGUGAUCCGACGAGGGAAUGGGAAAAAAGAAAGCGCGAGAAAAGGGCGGAGGGAGAGGGAAAGCAUACCAUGGUAGUUGCUGCGCCCAUUCGUCUCAUCUUUGAUCCUUCGAUAGAUGAUGUGAGCCCUGGCGGUGGAUCCUUUGUCGUUCGAUAUUUCCUAGGAAAGCGCCUGCAAGAAGCCUUGGUCCUCUGUCUUGACAAGGAAGCAGAGAAAGGAAGGAAAUGCAAGGAGGAGCAAGGACAGGACAUUGUACAAGGUAUCAAACUGCUUUCUUUGCUCCAAUCCACAAGACUCUAUCGGGCAUCGGUGCAGGGUCCCAUGGGGGUGUUUCCUGACGGCAGCCAGAGUGUCUCCUUUCUUCGCUUCAAGCCUCCUCUUUUUGCAUCUUCAUGUGACCGAAUUCGCACAACGAGCGACGGAAAGCCGACGAUUGAAAGGAAGUAUGAAGAUGCUAUUGCGGAGCGAUUUGAUGAGCUGCUAGAAUUAGCUGAGUGCGAGAUUCCGUUUUUUGCGCGAAGGACUGAAGAAGUCGCUCAAGGAGAAAGGCGUGCAAGGAAGGAAAUCGAUGCGCGUGCUGCGUGGAUCCUGGGCCGGGGCCCUUUGCCGUACGAGAGGAUCGAAUUUUAUGGCUCGAAGAAGGAAGGGCAAGAGGAGCAGGGUGCAUGGGAGGAAUGCGAGUGGAGGCGCGGUCGUAAUCACAGGCCUCUUCCUCGACCAUUUCUCUCUCCUUCCCCCUCUACUCAACCACUCGCCUAUCUCACACUUAACAUGUUCGACAUGGCCUACACGGAUGAAAAUGAGAGCGCACACCUUAGGACCGAAAAAGGGAAAGGAAGAGGGGAGGGAGGGGACCUCGACGUCCUCUUAAACCGCUUCGCCCCCGCUGCGAAUGACGACGUGCUUGUGGCUCCCCCACUCCUGCGAUACCCUCGUCUGCCGUAUGGAGGUGGAGACGGCGUUCCUCGCGUGCUAAUGGACACAUGCUCGACCCCUCGGCCCGGCACCUCCUCCAUCAGCUCCUCGCUGGAGAGUGGGAAGAAUCUUCUUGCCGUUUCCAAUCGAGCGCUGUUGGAGCUCUUACAGCAGACUCCUGACUGGCGGCAUCCACCGGCUACAUUUACCUCCUCUUUUUGCACUGUCAAUCCUAGCGCCACCCUCUAUUCGAAGUCAACUCUUAGCUCCUGUAUCACUUUUCCUCAGCUGCGUGCCAUGUCCUUUCCUCCGCGCCCUCCGUCUCUCUACACCUACAUCACAGACCUCAACUUCUCCCGCCCUCUACACUUUCCCUCUCUCAUUACUGGUGUCGUUGUCUAUUUCCUCUCCCGCCCCUCGCUUCGCAGCCUCGCCCUCCCUCUUUCGUGCCCGUAUCUCAGCGACUCAACAAGCCAACCUUGCCUGCUCUCUCUAUUGCAAACAAGCUGGACGGAUAAACAAUACGCAGCACACAAAACGAGCGAUAUCCUCGUCCCUCCCUCUCUUCCCCCUGCCCUUGCUCUUGUCGAAAAUACCAGCAAUGUGGCCAACGAGAUCCUGCUAUCCCUCUUUCUUCAGGCGAACGACCCGGGAGUGUUCCACAUGUGGGGCUACUUCGAUGACUUCCCUGAGGACGGGGAGAAGGCUGGACAGGAGGAAGGGAAGGACUUGCAACUGGAGCUUGUCAAUGUGCGGAAACGGGAAGCGCAGCGGGGUCAAGUUGAUGUCGACGAUGAAGGCGUGGGGAUGGGAGGGACGGAGGAUAAGCCGGGGAUUGCCCGAGAGAAAGAGGCCGAGGUGGCCCGGCUAGGUCGGCAAAGGGUGCCAGAAGGAGACACAAAUUUAUUUCCACCUCAACAGCACCCUCGUGGCAGUUGUAUUGCUGCGAAAGAAGUUGUCGCACCCUCUGUCUUGUCCUCCUCCUCCCCUUCUUCUUUCUCCCCGUCGGCCGCCUUCUACACUUCGUCCCUCUCCCCCUCCAAGCGUCCCCAUCCCCAGCACUCCCAUGAAAAGCAGUGCCUUCGUUCCUAA